AGAUUUUAGUGGAAAUGACGUCAUCUUCCGCCAUACUCGGAGAAUAACAAUCUCGUCAAAGCUAUUUCCGGAUUAUCGUUUACCGUUCACAGUUGAUUCUGACACAACGAGACAAUGUCAUCCCCUUCUAAAGAAGACUCUGCAUUUUCCUCACCAAGAUCAGAAGAUGAACACAUGAUGUAUGACAAUCUCGAAUCACCGACAUUUGAGACGGUAGAGGGUGUCGAUGGAGCAGUAUCGGAACAGCCUCAGGCAUUACAGAACCCAGAGGAGAGGGAGCGAGAAAUGGAAGAAUACAGGAGAAGCCUCGAAAUAGUUGAGGGAGAAAUCGCCACAUUACGUCAAGUUUUAGGAUCGAAGGUCAGAUAUGCCUCAGAACUGAAAAGAAAAAUGGGAAUUACUCCUUUCCAGGAGCUUAAACAAGACCUUCACUAUGGCUUCAAAACCAUCAAAGAGUCAGAUACUGUUGUGAAGACAAAUGAAAAGCUGACUAAUGUCAAAGAAAGAAUAACUGCCUCAAAUGCAUAUCAAAAGACUAACGAAAAACUGGUUGAAAUGAAUGAUAAGAUUACUCAUUCUCAGGCAUAUCACAAGACAAAUGAUUACUUGGGUGAAUUGAAUAAUAAAAUCAGUAACUCAUCGACGUAUCAAAAGACGUCGUCUGCAGUGAAAACAGCAUCUGAGAAAACGAAUGCAGCUGUCUCGUCCUUUGGUGCUUCCGUCACGAAAAAGUUAGGUGAUCUUAGGAAUUCUAACACUUUCAAAUCGGUAGAGGAGAAAGUUGGUGGUGCUUAUUCUAAUGUCAAGACAUCUCGGUCUAUAGGGAAUAUGAAAGGACGGCUUGGCAUGGUAAGUGACAGGGUGUUGUAAUGCUGUAGAUUUGAUUGUCAGUAUUUUGUUUCUGUAUUGUAAAAUAGCAACUUUAGUUUUGCUGUUGUAAGAAGAACACCAUCUGAAUGACUUUUUGUACUUGUAAUAUUUUGUAGGCAAUGUUUUAUUUUUUACACCACAUCUUUGUAUUAACUCAUCUGGACCCAUCGGACCACGAGAGCUCAUGCCCUACUGUAGCAUCUGUCGUUCAUCUUUCAAGAAGUUCCUAAAUGUCUUCUUCUUCUGAACCACUGAUCGUUAUUUCACAUCAGUUGACUGGAACGACCAUUAGGUGUUGUGGAUUCAAAAUAUUAAGCAAAUACAGGGGCUGGUUCCCAUGUUAGGUAAAUGGGCGGGACAAACAAUUGAUAGUUUGGUUAUAUUGCUUUAAUCAACUUCUCUAGAACUAGAAUUUUGAGAUGGAUUUUAACCAUAUUUCAACAUUCAUACAAAUGAAGCGACAAUCCUCCGAAGGCUGAGGGGUGGGUCCAAAGAGGAUAAUUUGGCUUUAUUGAUUUAAGUGACCACUUUUCUGGAACUAAAGGAAGAAUAACAACCAUAUUUGGGUGCAAGCAUCUUCAUGUGGUGGGUAUUAAACAUUUGUUUAAAUGGGCUGACUUUAGGUUUGUGGGCAGGGUCAGACAGGGUCAGAAAGCGAUUUUUACUGGGAAAUGGUUCAGAUCCCCACCCUUUGGACAUGCAUACAAUUCCUGAGUAUGACAAUGCUAAUACACAUAUGCUUCCAGGAUUGGCCCCUGGGUCUAGCCCCACACCUGGCGACUUAGAUGUUGUGUCAUAACUUUGAAAUGUUUUAGAUCCCUACCCCAUAACCAUAUAUGGUAUUGCUGGGCAUGAAAUGUCUAAUGCAGAUAAUUAUCUGUUAUAAGGAUAAGCUCCUUAUCCCUGGAAUCUUUUUGUAUUGUAUAUCAGGCGAGUGAUACAGGCCCUCUGGGCCUUUUGUGUUCAAGGUGUUGUCAUGAUGUUGUUGAAUAUAUUUAUUUCUGUUUAAAAAUGAAAAAGUUAACCUGAGAAUUCUAAUAGAUUCACAGGAUUUCGUAAGAAAGCAAGCAAUAUUAAAAGCUGAUAGAAGUCAUUGAAACAAAUGUUUCAAAAUGAUGAUGGAGCCCUUGUCUCAGACACAGCUUGUUACAACACGCGUAGAGAUUACUCACAUUACUGAGCCUUUAAACUUGUAUUACUGUAUAACUGGUAACUUCGGCCCUUAACCAGUAACAUUUAUGUUCACCCUGUGCUACAUGUAGUUUCGCCCGUCACAUGCAAUGAUUAAACUACUAGUUCUGUGUACAAAGGGAGAUAAUCUCCUGUAUCCAAGAUGGCAGUCUUUAUGAAUCAUCGAUCUUUCCCUUAAAAAGAAACAGAAAAUUUCAACUUUCACCAAAAAAUUUCAAAGAUUCCAAAAUGUCCCAACAUGAAGCUCUGAUAUUUAGCAAGACAUUUACGAAUCUUACACCAAGGGUUGAGAUAUUUCGUUUGGCACUAUAAUGGGGAAUUAUUAUUUUUCUCACAUCUCUAAAAAGGGAAUUCAAUUAAGAAUAUUCUCAAUGCUAACCAAACACAUGAUGUCACCUGAUUAUAAAAAACUAAACAUCAUCAUUUGCUGGGGUCGCAGUGGCCGAGUAGUUAAGGCAUCCCACCGUCUACAAUUACUUCCUCUCCACCACUGGGUUGCUGGUUCCAGGCCAAUUUUGGACAGUUGCCAGGUACUGGCCGACGGUCGGUGGUUUUUCUCCGUGAGUUUCGGUUUUCCUCCAUCACCAAAACCUGGCACGUCCUUAAAUAACCAUAGCUGUUAAAAGGACGUAAAACACACACAAACCAAAUCGUAAUUUCCUUCCAUUGUAACAUAACAAUUAUGGGAUAUAGCUUGCCUAUUCCCACUACGGAUGUAUGAUAGUAAUAGUGUCGGUCUAUAAGUAUACUCAUGUGUUUGACGUUACUCUGCAGCAGGGCCACCCCACUGACAAAAAGGGCCGUAAGUCUAUGUAUUAAGCGAGUGUGGAUUUCAGAAAUUUACUCAACCUACCUGUGCAUGAGAUUUCUAUGAUAUCAAUGUAAAUAAGAAAAUACACUGUAUAUAUAUAUUUAUAUUAAUAUAGGUAAGACAAUUAAUUACCCAUACUUGCCAACAU